GUCGCAUCACAACCAAAGCAUCCCACAAAAUAUCAACAAGCAGUCCAACGCCGAGGAGAUCGAUCAGCGAGCUGAGAAUGGAGGGCAGGAUGUUCGGGCUGGAGACCCCGCUGAUGACGGCGCUGCAGCACCUGCUGGACGUCCCGGACGGCGAGGCCGGCGGGCCCGGCAACGCCGGCGGCGAGAAGCAGGGCCCGACGCGCGCCUACGUCCGGGACGCGCGCGCCAUGGCGGCCACCCCGGCCGACGUGAAGGAGCUGCCGGGCGCGUACGCGUUCGUGGUGGACAUGCCGGGGCUCGGGUCCGGCGACAUCCAAGUGCAGGUGGAGGACGAGCGGGUGCUGGUGAUCAGCGGCGAGCGCCGGAGGGAGGAGAAGGAGGACGCCAAGUACCUGCGGAUGGAGCGCCGCAUGGGCAAGAUGAUGCGCAAGUUCGUGCUCCCCGAGAACGCCGACAUGGAGAAGAUCUCCGCCGUGUGCCGCGACGGCGUGCUCACCGUCUCCGUCGAGAAGCUGCCGCCGCCGGAGCCCAAGAAGCCCAAGACCAUCCAGGUCCAGGUCGCCUGAGAUGCAUCGUGUGCGCGUCGAAUCGAAGCAGAGUGUGAGUGAGUAGCGAGUUUCCUGCGAUGAGCGAUGGUCUGUCUGUCUCUUUGGUUUCGUCUGCUAGAGGGUGUGUGCCGUGUCACUGGUGAUGGUUCGAUGUUUCGUUAAUGGAAAUGGGGAUGUUCUCCGGCUUCGCCUGAAUAAAACAUGCGAAUCUCUUGGCCACAUUUUCUAUUGAAAAAACAAGAUGUUCGUUUAAGUU